AUGUAUGUUCGUUUAAUAUUACUUUUUACUUAUAUUAUUACUAUCAAUACACAAACAGGAAGUUUUCCUGAUUGUAAAUCAGGUCCACUUUCAACAUUUCCUAUAUGUGAUCAAUCUCUUCCAUCUCGUGUACGAGCUGCUGAUGUCGUUAGUCGUAUGACAACAGCUGAAAAAAUUACACAAUUAGUAACAACUGCUGCUGCUAUACCACGUUUAGGUUUACCAAAAUUUGAAUGGUGGUCUGAAGCUUUACAUGGUGUAGCUUAUUCACCUGGUGUUGCAUUUGGUGGUGAUUUACCAGCAGCUAGUAGUUUUCCAAUGCCUAUCAAUCUUGGUGCAACAUUUAAUUUAAGUCUUGUUCAUCGUAUUGCUAGUAUUAUAUCAAAUGAAGCACGUGCAUUUAAUAAUGAAGGUCGUGCUGGUUUAGUAUUUUUUACACCAAAUAUAAAUAUAUUUCGUGAUCCACGUUGGGGUCGUGGUCAAGAAACACCAGGUGAAGAUCCAUUUUUAACAUCACAAUAUGUUUAUACAUUAAUUAAUGGUUUACAACGUGGUGAUGAUGAACGAUAUUUAAAAAUAGCUGCAGAUUGUAAACAUUAUGCUGCUUAUGAUUUAGAAGAUUGGAAUGGUACAGAUCGUUAUCAUUUUGAUGCUCGUGUUAGUGAUCAAGAUCUUAUUGAAACAUAUAUGCCACCAUUUGAAACUUGUAUACGUGAUGCAAAAGUAGCAAGUAUUAUGUGUAGUUAUAAUGCUGUUAAUGGUGUUCCAUCAUGUGCUAAUAAAUUCAUAUUGGAAACUAUUGCACGUGAAUCAUAUCAUCUUGAUGGUUUUGUUGUUAGUGAUUGUGGAGCUGUUUCAACAAUUAUGAAUGCACAUCAUUAUACAUCAACAGUAGAAGAUACAGUUGCUGUGGCAUUACAUGCUGGUACAGAUCUUAAUUGCGGUGAUUUUUAUUCAAAAAAUACUCAAACAGCAUUAGAUAAAAAGACAAUUGUUGAAGCUGAUAUUGAUCAAGCACUUCAACGAACAUUUAAUGUUCUUGUUCGUCUUGGUUAUUUUGAUCCACCUGAACAACAACCAUAUAGAAAAUUAUCUAAAACUGAUGUUGAUACAGAAGAAGCUAGACAAUUAUCAUUAGAAGCUGCACAACAAAGUAUUGUUCUAUUGAAAAAUACAAACAAAGCAUUACCAUUCGAUAUAAAUGGUUUACAAAAUAAAAAAAUUGCAUUAAUUGGACCAACAGCUAAUGCAACUGGAUUAAUGCAAGGAAAUUAUUUUGGAAACGCACCAUUUUUAAUUAGUCCUCUUUUAGGAUUUGAAUUAAUAACACAAAGUCAUUCAAUCAAUAUUUCAUAUGCUAUGGGUUGUAAAAUUACAGAUAAUGAUGAAAGUGGUUUUGCAGCAGCUAUUGAAUUAGCUAAAUCAUCUGAUAUUGUUAUAUUCUUGGGUGGUAUUGAUCAAUCUGUAGAAUCUGAAGGUCAUGAUCGAACAUCUAUUGCAUUACCUGAUGUUCAACUUAGAUUGAUUGAACAACUCGAAAAAGUUGUUCGUACACCACUUCAUGUUGUUAUUAUGUCGGGAAGUAGUCUUGAUUUAUCGUAUGUAAGUGAUUCAAAUGAAUGUGCAAGUCUUAUUUGGAUGGGUUAUGCUGGUCAAUCAGGUGGUCUUGCUUUAGCUAAUGUUAUGUUUGGUGUAUAUAAUCCUGGUGGACGUUUACCAAUUACAAUUUAUCCUGAAUCAUAUGUUAAUGCUGUUAGUAUGUUUGAUAUGCAAAUGCGACCAUCAUCAACAAAUCCUGGCCGAACAUAUAAAUUUUAUACAGGAAAAGCAAUUUUUGAAUUUGGUGAUGGUCUUUCUUAUACAACAUUUGAUUAUUCAUGGUCUAAUGAUUCUUUAGUAUCAAAAUUUUCAAUUCAAUCAUUAAUGAAAAAUAAUUAUAAUGAAAAGAAUGUAGUAGGUCAUCCCUAUCGUGUUAAUAUAACAAAUACAGGUAUGGUAGCAGGUGAUGAUGUAGUUCUUGCAUAUGUUAUACCACCACAAAAAACUUUCAAUGAUCAAACACCACCAUUAAAAAAAUUAUUUGGAUUUGAACGUGUACAUUUAAAUGUUCAUGAAUCAACUGAAGUAUUUUUUCCAUUCAAUAUGCAAUCAUUAUUAACUGUGGCUCAUGAUGGAUCGAAAUGGUUAGAACCAGGUUUCUAUAAAAUUCUUAUUGGUAAACAACAUAUACAUACAAUACAUUUACAAGGAAAACCAACUCGAUGGUCUUAA